AUGGCGUUUUACGGUCGCGUCAAAUCCGGGAUAUCUCUUCUUUCUUCUCAGAGAUCUACUCUUCAACGCUCUCUUAUCGCGCCUUCCAUUUCCCAGGCCUUCAGAAAUUUUGCUCAUGUGCCGGGGCAAAAGGAAACCAAAAUUAAGGUCCCCAUCGCAAUGUUUGGAGGUUCAGGAAACUAUGCCUCUGCUUUGUAUAUUGCAGCAGUGAAAGUUAAUUCGGUCGACAAGGUUGACUCUGAGCUUCUUCAGUUUGUUGAGGGAGUAAAGGGUAGUCCCAUAACCUCACAAUUUAUAAAGGAUAUAUCUGUGGCUAAGGAUGUUAGAGUAAAAGUCAUCCAAGAUAUUGCCACCCAAGCUAAGUUCUCUGAUGUCACAAAGAACUUCCUUGUUCUCCUUGCUGAGAAUGGCAGACUUAAAAACGUAGAUACCAUUGCAAAGAGGUUUGCAGAGUUGGCAAUGGCAUAUAAGGGAGAAGUGAAAGCAACCGUGACUACUGUCAUUUACUUUUUUGACCACAAAUGUCGUACCUACUCUCAUGAUAAGUUAACUGAGGUUAAGGAGGAUUGGGCUACUUAUGUGGUGGAUGAUGUUUUCGGUGAGUUUUUCCUUGACUUGAUACUUGAUAAACAAGACAAAUAUUACUCAUGGAUUUAG